GAUCGGGAGAAAGAAUGGAUUUGCAGGGGUCGCAGCAGGACACACCUUCAACCCACAUGACCUUUAGAAUAAAAGGCGUCUCGGGGUGUCUGUCUGUUUCUGCUCUUCGUGAAGAACAGCCAUGGUGGGGAUCCCUCCAGGCUUCGUCUACAUUGCACGUCAACUUCAUUGCCUAGUCCGUCCUCUGGCUCUCGCCUAUGCGGGCGUUAGGAUCUGGACAAUCGUGUUCGAGGAGCCAGCCCCCCGCUGGCUGAGGGUUUCCGUGUAUCUAUUUUCUAUCCCCAUGGCAGCGGCAUGCAGCGUCCUCCACGCCUACCUACGUGACAGGAGGGAAGCAGCACGUCGACGCGCUGUUCUUGCCCCGCGAGUGAAGAGUAUAUGGCCUGGUGGCCUCGACAUCAUCCUCUCAGUCGCUCAGGACUUUCGAAGUGGGCACAUCGGAUCACCGUUUGACCGAUAUUGUGAAGAGUAUGGUCCCGUCGUCAAUGUCAGGAUCAUGUUCGAGGAUCAGAUUUUGACGACAGAACCCAAACAUAUCAAAGCAAUUCUUGCUACCCAGUUCAGUUCCUUUGAAAAGGGUCCGGUGCUCUGGGACCAAGUAAACGCUUUACUUGGAACUGGAGUAUUCAACUCGGACGGCGAAAUAUGGAAGUUCCAUCGCUCGAUGAAACGACCGUUCUUUAGCAAGGACCGAAUUAGUCAUUUUGAUAUAUUCGAAAAACACGCCAAAGAUGCUCUCAACCAAGCAAAAGCUAGACUACAUGAGGGCUAUCCCGUGGAUUUCCAGGAUAUGAUCUGCCGGUUCACCCUUGAUUCGGCAACUGAAUUUUUGUUGGGGAAAUGUGUUAGUUCGCUUUCCGCUGGACUUGCCUAUCCAAAGAAUUCGACGUCCGGGAAAGACAAGGAUUGCACAGAUCAUCCUGCAAACGCUUUCGCCCGCGCGUUCUCUGACGCGCAAUCGAAUGUCACGUUCAGGGGUGGUUUCGGCACGUUGUGGCGGUUGGCUGAGUUCUGGAGUGACCGCGUCAAGAAGGACAUGGAGGUCUGUCACAGGUUCAUUGACCCCGUCCUCAAAGUCGCUUUGCAAAUGAAGAGAUCGAUGAAGGAGGCAGGGCAGGUGCGCACCGAGGAGAAAGGGGCUUUUGAAGAUACAUUGCUAGGACAUCUCGUUAACUGCACCGAAGAUCCCAUUGUCGUUAGGGAUGAGACUUUGAACAUCUUAAUGGUAGCGCGUGAUACUACGGCGUCUACCUUGACAUUCCUGGUUUACAUGCUCUCCCAACACCCGGACGUUCUGAAGCGGCUUCGUGCGGAGGUUCUCAGCACAGUUGGGAAUUCCAGAAGACCAACUAACGAGGACGUGCGAGACAUGAAGUAUAUGCGAGCUGCCAUUAAUGAAACUCUUCGUUUCUAUCCUCCCGUUCCAUUCAACGUUAGGACAAGCGUAGAAGCUGUGAUAUGGCCUAGCGUGAACGGGGAUUCGCCUAUCUAUAUCCCACCCAAGACGCGGACCCUGUAUUCUGUAUUCUUAAUGCAUCGUCGGAAAGAUCUCUGGGGUCCUGAUGCCGAAAUCUUCGAUCCAGAUCGCUUCCUCGAUGAACGAUUGAAGUAUCUAACGUCGAAUCCGUUCAUCUUUCUCCCCCUUUAAUGCAGGACCACGAAUUUGUCUAGGUCAACAAUUUGCAUACAACUGAAAUAUCAUUUUUCCUUGUCUGCCUAUUGCAAAAUUUCUCUUCCAUCACAUUAGCAGAAGAUGUCCAAAUUUGAC